GCCCAGGCGGCACAAAAACUUUGGAAAGUCCAUGGAUCGUCACAUUUGCUGAACGCAGCCACAUCCUCUGCUGUGGAUUAUUAUAAACCGACAGCUCAGAGACAGACAGAGAUUUAAAAAAACUGAAAGCCCUCACUGCCACAGCCAUUCUGCCAGCAGACARCAGCACACUUGGGUCUUCACACUCCAGAGGCUGCAGAUUCAGCAUCACCCCACAGAGAUGGAGGGAUUCACGACAGGGUUGGCCCUGCUCCUGUGCCUCACGUUUGCAGCCACCGCCUCAAGUCAGACCUGUGAACCAACGGAGAAACAGGACAACCAAUUGAUGCACGUGAAGGAGAUGCUAACUGGCUGCUGGACCAAUUUUGUUGACAUAAACGAAGCAGAGGUCCACAUUUUUCAUCUGCUGUGGAGCGGGGUGGACUCAAUGCUGUUUUCUUUAAACAUCCAUAAUCCAGCGACUGUUGUUCUCAUAUCUCCAAACAAUACACACGUAGUGCUCAACAUCAGCACAGAUGCAAAACUCUACGUACAAAACUAUUCCUCGAUUGGGCUGUAUGGCAAUUUUGGCAAUAACAAUGUCCAGMGGGAACAGUUCCCCACUGAAUACGAGGAGCUGGUCAAAUGGGCAGAACAGAGGUUUGGGGGUGUGACUUCAUUCACAACUGUUCGAAAUCCAAAAGAAAUCACCCUCAAAGGAAUGAAAGGAACCAAACCAGGUCCUAACAACUGUACGCUCAAAAGUGAAGACGUGUCAAAGAAGCACUUUCUGAAGCUCGACACAGACCUUUCUUUUUUCAAAUCUUGCACCCCAAAUCCACAAAGUCCUGGCAAAGAUGAGCUUCAUAUCAUAAACAUCCCAGAGCGUUACAACGUUAGCAAUGUGUUCUUGCUUGUAAAGACACUGAAGACCAGUGUGUUCCUGAGAGGCCCCCAGGGCACCACAUGGACCAUCCUCGAUUCACAAGUAGCCAAGUUUGCUUCCAACAAUGAUGUCAUACUACCUGCCUUCACACAUAGAAUCAAAUCGAUGUACAAAGGUACACUGAAGGGUGAUCUGGCAGAGGAUGUGCAGAAGAUGGCUUUAAGUUAUUUUAAAGCCACUGGUUUCACCAGCUACACAGAAGUCAACGUAAAUGAACCCUCUGUUUUCCUCGUUCUUGGAAAUGAAAACAACUUUGGAGGGGCUUCUCCCACAGUUUCAGCAACAAGAAGACAACCAAACCUUCCCAUAACAACCAAUCYGCCUCAUCAGAUGCCUCUGAUGAUGCAGCUGUACACCUCCCCAGACUACCGUUUACCCUUGAACCCAGACACUAAAGUGCCGAGUGACAAAAAAAUCUAUGCAGAGAUCUCUGGGAGGACUUUAGGGGACAUGGUAUUGACGAUCAAGGUGAUUAGGUGCUUAGUGCACUCCAAGGGCUCGUGCUCGGCAGCAAAAAAACUGCUCUUCAGCCCAGAGCCAUGCUUUGUGGCAUCCUGUCGCAACAACACCCGGCUCAGCUUCACCUUAGAUCAGUUCCAGGACCUGACGUCCACCAAGUGGGAGCUGGAGUGCUCGGUGGAACUUUGCCACGGCGAGAUUUGUGGAGAUGGAGGAAAAGUGAGGAGGAAUCUGGAGGUUAUUCAGCCGCCGAAAAACUGUCAGUGCUUUGAUUUUGGCCUGUCUGGUGUUCUGGGCAUUGCUUUUGGCGGGUUUCUUAUUGGAGUGUUGCUCAUCGGAGCAUUGUGGUUUAUCAAGAUUAAAACAGGAUACCCAGCUGGACUGGACAUGAGGUCAACUGGAGUCGGUCUUCCUGGAUGCCCGUGCUCAAGAGCAAAGCGACAGCCUGUUUCCACCAACCCAUCUCCCUCUGAGAACAGCAGUGCCAAUGCGAGCAUUGGAAGCACCCAAAGCACGCCGACCAGCAGCAUGGCAUGAGAUUAUAGCAUGUUCUACCAGCAGGGCCCCYCAUCUCCCUUCAAAGUCACCCAUCGGGGUUUGUGCGUUUUUUUUUUUUCGUGUUAAUGCCUAAAAAGCAUUUCUCAACUCCCUGCUCCCUUUUUUUAAAUCUUGUUUGAAAAGCACAAAUGAUGUCUUUGACAAACCACAUCUGAAAUGGAUGUGAGUUGGGAGAUUGUGGGUGUAGGUUAGAAAAAAAAAGGCUGUUUGAAGAGUAACCAAAGUCUUUUUAUUUGCUUCAGAUGCUCACCUUUGCAGCCUCUUUGUAUCGUUAACCUUUUAAACAGGAAGUUAAAGAGGCCACCAAAAAAAAAAAGAAAAAAAAAAAGAAAAAGAAAAACCUGGCUCCCAGCAACAGGAAAAACAAACCAUAUCCCCUAAGAGCUAACAGGAAAUUCACUGCAUUCCUUUCAAUGAAUUGUGCUCGCGUGAUGGAAGCACAAUAAUAGUUAUCAAGGAGACACGCAGGUUCAAAGGCAGACUUCGAAAAAAAAAAACAGAUGAAAAGCUGUUUUACGUACAUCAAAGAUAGAAAAAUAAAAAGGGCUGUUUACCCAGGUCAGUCCACCUCACCCAUCAGCAGCGUUAUUAGUACAGAAAAUCUCACACCAGCCAUUAAAGUGCUCACUUUGAUAUUUGUAUUAAUUAUAAUUCAAAGGUAAUGGUUUUCAGCUACCUCUUAAUGUUUAGAAGUCUGGAGCUAAAGUAAAGCAUAAAAUUAGAUUUUUAUUACUUUAGUCUUUUCUUUUUUUAUUCUUUGCCACUUUAUUUAAAACAUAACAUGACCCUGUGGGUCGUUAGUAGCUCAUAAAACAGUUAUACGUUCGUUUUCAUGCUGUCCAGCGGGUGCAUCAGUGCUAUCACAUUGUUUUUAUUCCAGGUCAGAAUUCAUCAUACUUUAUAUCAAUAUAGUUCAAAACAAAUAAAUGUCAAACGGUCAGAAAAGAAUACUUCAUUUAAAUGCUCAGAAUGUGUCAUUUUUGUUAUCGACUUUCCUAUCUAUAGAGAUUCCUGUAUUUUGAACUGAGUAAUACGUUUCCAGUCACCAGACUUGGACAAUCAGACGUUAGACACAUUCAUUUGUUACUGAACUCACUUACUCAUUUGUUCAAAGGGUGGAGUUUCCCAAAACUAUUCCACAGGUUGAAUCCCAGUAAACUGUAUUUGCACUACUUUCAUUUCAUUAUAAACAUGUUUCAUCAUAAAGUUCAAGUCUCUAAAAAGACCUUUGUGUUACAUUUGUUUCCAGGCAAUAAUAUCUAACAUACUGUCAAGCUAAAAGUAGUCUUUGUGUUUUACAGGGGUCUACUUAUAGUUUUAAGSAGUAAGAUUUGAGAUUAUAUUCUGCUUUCUCAUACUCAGUGUACUUUCACACAGAAUGUCACUAGUCUCUAGUGCUCCACAACUCCACAAUCUGCUUCGUAACCAGGAAUAAGUGGAAAUUUUUAGUUGUCACAACACUUCAUUAUUAAGCUACUAUUAGGUUUUUGCUCUGAACAAAAAGCCAGCCUUGAUCCCAGUUGGAGACGAGCCAACCUAAAACUCCUACAGACUUAUUACUUAGAAUGGGAGUCACAAGGAGUCAACUCUGAAACAAGUCCUGCUCAUUUGCAACCAGUGAGCAGAACCUCCUGAGCAUGAAUGUUGAAGGGGAGGCUCUUUUUUUACUGAAUUGCUAAACACACAAUUUUUACAAUUUGCUUUUUUGUUUUCUGUGGAAAGUCACAAGAUAUAUGUUGUUUAAUAUUUGCUGUGUUGUGGCACAAAGCUGUGACCAUUUUCCCCCCUUCUGCAGGUCAAGGCUGUGUUUCGUGAAAAUAGUCCAAUAAUUAAAACCAACAAAUACGCCUCCCACAUCCACCCCCACCUGAAACAAGAACGUUUUUCAUUUUAGCUGCAUAAAAUAUUGCAGACAAAUGGGCACACAUCUUUCUGGAUUGGAUUUCUAAUUUGAUUUGAAGUAACAGGUCUAUAAUAAUUUUUCAAGGUAACAAAGUUAAAUGGGAGAAAACACAAACAAAAAGGAAAACCUGUCAAACAACAUAAAACUAAAGAAGUGGUGUGUUCUCAUUCAUAUUCACCCCUUUGCUUCAAAGCCUCAACUAUUACACACAGUGCAGACAGACACAGAAAAUAAGCCUACAAUGUUGAGGAAAAUGUCCUUUUUACAAUUUUCUGUGUUCAGUUCAUAUCCGGUGUGUCUGCUCUAGGCUGCUGACAUCACUUAUCUUCUAAAUUUAGUCUGAUACGUAAAUGGAUUUUUAAACAGAAAAAUCUUAAGUGUUGGACACAGCAGGUUCAGCCUCAGCUAUCCCUGCAUUCAGUAAGAUCACAUGAGGUCUUGUGUUGCUUUUGGCCAUAUCUGGGAGCUAAAAUCAGCAGGAUGUGUCCAGGGAGAGAAAUUAUUUUUGUCCCAAUGAGGCUCAAUUGGAGCUUUCUGCAGUUCUGAUCACUGCCAACAGGGGGGUAAUACAAUAAAUCUGCCGAGGGGCCCUGGUGGUGACCGUCCUGCCCCAAAACUUCAGGUAAAUAAAUAAAAUAAAAAAACUUAAAUAAGUAAAUAAAUAAAUUGACAAAUUAGUUUAAAACACACAGAAAAAAACAAUACACAGCAAGCUAUGUAAGUGAAUAGUUUAUAAUAUUUAUAGGAGAAACUACUUUGCAAGAUCAHUAACUUCUUUUAGGUGGGGCUGGCCCCACUUCAUUUUUGUGCCUGGUUACAACCCACCUGAUUAAGAAGACAUGAUGAAAAUCAAGCAAAAAGCCAUGACUCAAUUAAAACUUUUAAGACAAAAAAAUAAGAGUAAAUAAAUAAAAACAUGAAAAUGCAUAAAAAAGUUAAAAUGAACAUACUUACUUGUUCAUACUGUCACAGGUUCCUCCACUAAAGAAAAUUCUAGAUUAUUGUAUGAGAAAACAAAAAAGGACAAUCACUAAUAAUUUAUGUCAAAAAUAUAAAAUAGUAACGCGUAGUCAAAUUUUCAAAGUACUUAAAAGAUUCAGGAAAGAUAAAGCUAAUAUCAAUUAAAUUAUUGUUUAGGUUUUAGCAUAAAUUAUUCAUAGACUUCUAUAUUAACUUUUGUUUUAAACUCAAAGUGAGUAUCUAAGAUUAUUCAGUCUCUGAAUACAGUCAGGACUCCACAGCCCAAUAAAUACAACCAAUACUUUUACAAUCCAAUUUUACAUUUUUUUGCUACAUAAAAUUUAUUCUGUAUUUAUUCUUUAGCCCUUCCAGUACUCAAUAAAAAGUAAAAAUCUUCAAAACAAGGGUUGUUUUCACUCAUUAUGCAACAUACUUAAGGAAAAAAAGAAAUAUUAUUAAGAUACACAAAAUUGACAAUAUAAAAAACUGUGAUGUUAAUAGUUAAAUUGUAUGGUGAACCGAGAAAAUAUAUGUGCAGUAUUUCCGUUUGUUAAACAACCUAAUUUAUUUAUUCAGCUUCAUCUAUACUCUUAAACAUGCAUGUGUCAAACCACAUUUUAAAAGGUUUCCUCAUUUUAUGUGACAUGUAGCGUAUUCCCUAAUCAUCUGUGUGUGUUUGUAAUUUUUGAUGUUUUUCUUGAGACAGAACAAAGAGGGCCAGUACAAAUUGCCACUUGAGUAUUUGUGCAAUAUGAUGAGGUUAACUUGUAUGUAAAGUCAAUUUGUUGUUUUCUUUGUUUUUUGUAAUUUUUUAUGUAUGAUAUUCUUACUUUGAAUCAGUUCAUAAACCUGAUUUGUUCUUUGAUGAAUUUUUCUUUGAAGAACUGGGACUAUUUCUAAUCAUUUGUCAUUUUGUUAUCUUUAGAUCACAUUUUUUUCUGAUGUCAGUCGAGACAGUUCAUGUCACAUUAUAACGUUCGAUUUAUUGGUGUGUUUUUUUUUGUGUGACUUUUGCCCUUAAAUUCUUCUGGAGUCCAAAAACAUAGUGUAUCUGUGGAAUUUGACAUCCUGCCAUUGUGUUGUGUUCAUUGUAUUAUCUGCAGUGGGUGUGAUGGGGGUGUCUGUGCCUAACACUGAAGACAGGAUGUCUCACCACAGAAAAACAUCCCCAGAUAAUAAUUCACCAUCGUUAUCAAUAUACACCCAUCCUCGUUUGCGGUAUUGACAUGAACUUUUUCUGAGUCAGGCAGUCUGUGAACUGCUUGGGUUCAAGCAGCCUCAGUAACCAGUUGAAACACUGAAAUCAGACAAUCUGCUUGUUAAUUUCCUUGUUAACUGAGCAGAGUUCUGUUAGUGGUGAAGCGAACAGACUUUCAAUUUUUAAUUUGGUUUAACAUGUUGAGAAAGAACUCCAUUUCUCUAUUUGUUCUCAAAGGUGUUUUAUUUUCCCUAAAAAUAAUCUUAAUAAAGUGUUUGACAGACACAUG